CAGACAGUAAACACCCAAAAAAAGAAUGAUCUCUUUAGCAUGUCGCAUUCAAAAGAUAUUCUUAUUUUACUGAAGGGUGUGAAAAUACAUUUUUCAUAUAAAUAUUAAUUUUUUGUUUUGCACAUAUAAUAAAUAGCAAGGGAUUAUAUAUGCACACAACCAAAGAAAAUGCUGUGAAUGGACUCAUUGUUUAGAGUAGGACCUAAGAUAAAAGAUGGUGUAUCAUUUGUGGCUAUCUGUGGUAUCUGAGGCAGCUCACGCUCAAGUUUCACAUACAUUUACAAAAGACCAUUUUUUACCUUAUUAUUCAUUCAACAAUGGUUGGAUAUGUGUUGAUAAUAGAUCAAAAAUAACGCCUUAUUCCUGAGAAUGAGAGCUUUCAUUUGAUAUAAGACUUGCCCAUGUUUGUCAUAUUUGAAAAAUAUGAAAUAUGUGAAUAUUAAAUUAUAUAAAAAAAUAUGGGGGGUGUGAUAGUGUAAAUUAAGUGUAAAUGACUUUCAUACAGUAAAAGAUAUGUCAAAGUGAUGCAUAUCUGCAGAAAGUAGAGACUCCAAGCUUUCAAACAGUAUCUCAUGUGUGUUACUGGUGUCCAUGACGGACCAUUAAAGAUUAAAAGAACAUUUUAUAUUAAGUCAAAAUAUGAAAUUUUGGACCCAGGACAGGGUCCUCAGGGUUGAAGAGGUUAAGAAAUUCAAUAAACGUUUCCCCAUGUUUAUUUGAGCUUGUGUCAAACACCACCCUGGAGGUAAUAUCCUCCUCAACACCCUCCUCAUGCAAUUACAUUUUAAACAAUUUGAAUAAAUCUUUAUGGUGACAGAACAACAGAAAGAUGACAGCAAGCAGGUGGAGCAUGUUUGUCACUCACAGUGUAUAAAUAAGAGCAAAUGACAAUAAUGUGUACCAAAGUGAAUCUUCAUUCUCCAUCAAACGUAUCUCAAACAGGUUAUUAUUAAACUACUUGUCAUGGACCUUCACUGGGUAACCUUUUCUCUUGCAUUAGUCUGUUGGAUGUCUCCUGGUGGAAAAUCAUGCGAUAAUUAUGAAUCUGGCUCAGCUUAUCGUAGACUUUUUAAUGUGCUUAGCUCGAGGGAAGACAACUUGUUAAAUAACACGCGACCCUUAUACAGAAAUACACUCACCUGGGUUUAUGUGGACUUGUAUGUGACCUCCAUCACAGAUGUGGUAUGAGUCCAGUAUUGUUUACUCUCUUUAUUUGGGUCAUUAUGAAUCUGAGAUGUCAAGCAGUUGUGGUUCAUCACAUUUGCUUUUAUCCACAGAAUGAAAAAGCUCAGAGCAUCUCAACACAAAUAAAAUUAUACACUGUUUGGGUACCAUGGGACUACUUGUGGGACCCUGCAGAUUAUUGUAAUAUUGAAACAAUUACAGUUCGAAAAGAUUUGAUUUGGACUCCAGACAUUACCAUCACAGAAAGCCUCAAAACCGAGUUUGGAUCAAAGGAGUGUCCAUAUGUGCAGAUAACAUGGGAUGGCUAUUUAUACACCGUGGAUAUUUUAUCUGUGACCUCAGCCUGUAAGAUGGACUUGUACAGGUUUCCAUUUGACACACAAAGCUGCAAUUUAACACUUCAAUCUUUAGUCUAUAAAGCUAAUGAGCUAUUCUUUACUGGACACACUGAUCAAGAGUCUCUCACUUUUAAAUCUCGGGAGAACUUUCAGACCCAGGGAGAGUGGGAUCUUCUCAAUAUAUAUGUAUCCACAGCUGGUUCCAGUACUUCGGGGUUCUUACAAAGUUGCCAAAUAUUUCAGAUCACCAUCAAGAGGAGACCUCUGCUGUAUAUCAUCAACUUAAUUUUUCCAGUAUUUUGUUUUCUUGUGCUGGAUGUGGCCUCCUUCUUUAUGAAUGCAUCUGAAUCCGAGAAGCUGGGCUUUAAAGUGACUUUACUGCUGUCCAUAUCUGUGUUACUACUGAUUCUUAAUGACAAGCUGCCAUCUACUGCCAGUGAAAUGCCACUGAUUGGGAUUUACUGCAUUGGGGUUUUCUCACUUAUUGGCAUAAGUAUUCUGGAGACCAUCUUUGUGAGCAUUCUGAUUGCUAAAGGAAAAGAGACCAAACGAGUAACACCAACAGAAAGCGGAGUAGACUUAACCGUUCAACAUGAUGAUGUAAUAUACUUGCAUAACUCUCUAGACACAGUUACCGGUAGAACUGAACAGAUGACAUGUACGCCCGACAUGCUGAAGCAGAUCCUUAUGGAGUUUCGGGAUUCUACUCACCAACACCAAGAAAAAGCCUCACCGUGCUGGACCUUAGCAGCAAGAAUUGUAAAUGUGAUCUUUAUUGUUCUUUACAUAAUCACCGUUAUUGUGUUUCUGUCCUUUCUUGGCAAGGUUUGGUUUCAAUUAUAAUAUAAUUUUAUACACAGCAAUUUCAGUUGAAUUCAACACCUAACAAGUAAGUUGUUGUUCAGAGUUGGAAUUAAUUGACAGACUUAAUCAUGUUGGCAAGGUUUUAACCCAACUCCUUAGAGAUGUGAUUACACUCCCAACUCCUUUAAAAAAAUGUAUUUGCCUGUAAUGCAAUCUGUAACUUUAUCCUCUCUAUCACCAUCUCUGUUGCUGCAUUUUAUAUCUUGUAAAGUUUGUUGGUUUCAUUUAAAGUCACCAUCAUCAGUGUUUGCAUUUCAUUAAGCUCAUUUUCACUGUGAUGGUCUCCCUUACAACAGCACAUUUUUGCUUGCACCUCCAAAACAAAGUUAUUGGUGUCAAAUGUGUAGCCUACACUGGUGUUUACAAUAUAUGCAUAUAAACAUCAGCAGUGUACGUUUUGAUCUAGUUAUUUUACUGUGUAUAGAGUGACAAAUUAAACAUGCUAUAAUAAAUUAUUUAUAGAGGGUAUGCACAUGAUAUCACCGUUGGUACAGCGUGAUAUUGGCGUCGAAAUGGGAAAAAUCUGUUGUGCGAUAGACUGUACUAAAAGAUUAACAAGAAUUCUGAGCUCUUUUUACAGACUGCCAAAAAAUCACAUAAAGGAGAAGUACAUAGAUAGUUCAUGCCAACGUCCACAGGUGGGUUGACAAGUUGCUAGGGUCACUAUC